AUGGACGCGAACCAACUUGGCCUCGUGUCCUCGAUCUUCACGCUCGGUGGGCUCUUUGGCGCUCUGGCGUCAGGCUCGCUAUCCGCUCGCUACGGUCGAUUACGCGUCAUGCGGAUCAAUACUCUCCUGUUGGCAUUCGGGCCACUAGCUGAGGCGUUGGCGCCGAACAUCGGCGCGCUAGCAUUCGGCCGCUUCAUCUCAGGCCUGGGUGCCGGCGUGUCUGUCGUCGUUGUGCCGAUUUACAUCAGCGAGAUCGCGCCACCCAGCGAGAAGGGCUUUUUCGGCGCGUUCACCCAAAUUAUGACCAACAUGGGUAUCUUCACGACUCAGGUCCUCGGCUAUUUCCUCAGUCGCGGCUCAUUGUGGCGCAUUAUCCUCGCCGCCGCUGGAGCUAUCGGCGUGGUGCAAUUUUUCGCAUUGAUAGGCGCCGUGGACAGUCCGAAGUGGACAGCCGAGAAUAGAAAUCCCAGGCAGGCGAAAUUAGAUCUGUUGAAGAUCAGGGGCGAGGCGGUCAAUGUGGAGGAAGAGACUGCUGGCUGGAAUGGAGCAGAUGACAGUGAUGAAGAGCAACAAACCCUCCUCUCCGCCCCAGAUGCACAGAGCACCAAUCGACCCACUAAACAACCAACCCUAUCCAUCUUCGGCGUCCUCUCCUCCUCGACGCACCGCGGCGCGAUCCUCGCCGUCGUGGUCGUAAUGAUGGCUCAACAACUCUGCGGCAUCAACAGUAUAAUCAUGUACGGCGUCUCUUUACUCUCCGAUCUGCUGGCGGCAAACUCCGCCCUCCUCAACAUCCUCGUCAGCGUACUCAACGUGCUCGCCACCACGGGCUUCGCGCCCCUCGCAGACAUCCUGGGCCGCAAGGUGGUCCUCCUCGCCAGCAUCGGCGGGAUGGGCACCUCGAGCGUGCUCCUCGCGAUCGGCAUCCGCGCGUCCAUCCCGAUCCUCUCGGCCGUCGCGGUCUUGGCAUUCGUCGCGAGCUUCGCAUUCGGACUGGGGCCUGUCCCCUUCAUUUUGGCCUCGGAACUGGUCGGGCCCGAGGCUGUGGGCGCGACGCAGAGCUGGGCGCUCGCCGCGAAUUGGAUCUCGACGUUCAUCAUUGCGCAGUUUUUCCCGCUGGUUAAUGAGCAAUUGGGCAAGGGGCUAGUGUAUUUUGUUUUUGCGGCGCUGGCGGCAAUGUUUUUCCUUUUUGUGGGCUGGUAUGUGCCCGAGACAAAGGGAAAGAAGGAUGCGGAUGAGGUUUGGGGGAGGCAGCCAAGAAGGGAGGAUUGA